AUGGGCAUCGAUAAUAGGAGAUCAGGAGGAGGAGUGCCAACAAUAGAUGAAGUCUGUCGUCAUUGGAGGGCGGGUAGAUGUACACGUAAUCCAUGUCAGUAUCGCCACAGUGAACUGCCACAGCCAUGCAGCAACAACGGGAGACAGCAACCUUCAGACCAGAGGAAUUUCUCUCUUUCCGGCUCGUUUCCUCAAAGAAAACCGAAUACGUACAAUCGAGUGCCUUCAAAAUGGGGCAGUCAAGGUGGGGCAGUUAAUGGAAGACCUAAAGGUACAGGAUUUAAGGCUCAGGAUCAGAUUUGUAAAUAUUGGAUGUCUGGCAAAUGUUCUUAUGGUGAAAGAUGUAAAUUCUUGCAUCGGUGGUUUGCCAGUGAUGAUUUCACAAUGUUGGCGCAACUUGCUGGACACGAGAAGGUCAUUAGCGGGAUUGCUUUACCAAAGGGGUCUGACAAAUUAUAUUCUGGUGGCAAAGAUGGAACCGUUCGUGUCUGGGACUGUCAAACUGGCAAGUGUGCUACUGUAAUUAACCUUGGAUCUGAAGUUGGUUGUGUCAUCAGUGAAGAUCCCUGGGUCUUUGUUGGAAUCAAUAAUUGUGUCAAGGCUUGGAAUACUCAAACCAAUAGUGAGCUCAGUCUUUGUGGUCCAUCUGGACAAGUUUAUGCCUUGGCAGUGGGCAAUGAGAAGUUAUUUGCUGCAACACAGGAUGGUACAAUAUUGGUCUGGAAAUUUGCUGCUGCGACCAAUGGUUUUGAGCCUGCUGCUGCUCUUCAGGGUCAUAGUGCUUCUGUUGUUACGUUAGUCGUAGGCGCUAAUAUACUCUACUCUGGUUCCAUGGAUAACACAAUAAGGGUAUGGGGACUUGAGACGUUACAGUGCAUUUAUACUCUGAGAGAUCACACAUCAGUCGUAAUGUCUGUUCUUUGCUGGGAUCAGUUUUUAUUGUCAUGUUCUCUGGACAAAACAAUAAAGGUAUGGGCUGUUACUAAGACUGGAAAGUUAGAAGUCACUUACACCCAUGAAGAAGAACAUGGUUUGUUAGCGCUCUCUGGGAUGCCUGAUGCACAAGGAAAACCUGUGUUGAUAUGCUCAUGUAAUGACAACACUGUUCGUCUCUAUGACCUGCCAUCAUUUAAGGAACGAGGAAAAAUUUAUGCCAAAGAGGAGACUAGAGCUAUUCAAACUGCUCCUGGUGGUUUGUUUUUUACUGGGGAUGGAAAUGGUGAUCUGAAAGUAUGGAAGUGGACUGAACAAUCACCCGCAGCUGCAGCAACAAUGCAACAGUGAUGUAAUACUGACAGUGUGGAGAUCUGGACAAUAUAAAGACUCUCAGGCAGUAAGAAGUUCUUUUCUGAGCAGUAAACACCAUGUCAAAGCUUCCCUUGUUUUAGUUGUA